CCGCUGGGGAGAGAACCAAACCUCCCCUCCGCCUCCCGCGGGGAGGCUCGCACCGAGCGCAGGCGGCGCUCCAACCCCCGGCCCCGCCUGCCGGCGCCGUCCGCCCGCCCCCGCCGUGCCGUGCCGUGCCGUGCCGUGCCGUGCCGUGCCGUGCCGUGCCGUGCCGUGCCGUGCCGUGCCGUGCCGUGCCGUGCCGUGCCGUGCCGCGGCCGGCAGCGCGGAGGAGGAGCCGGCGGCAGCAGCGUCUGAGGGAAUGCAGGCGGCCGCCGCCAACAUGGCCUCUGCCGCCCGGCGCCUGGCGAAGGGCAGCAGCCAGCUGCGGGUGCCGCUGCGCUGGAGGGGGCAGGCGGCGGCGGCGCAGAGCAGGACGCCGCAGCCGCAGCCGCAGGCACGGAAGCCCAAGACAGGGAUCCUGAUGCUGAACAUGGGCGGCCCCGAGCGCCUGGACGAUGUCCAUGACUUCCUGCUGCGCCUCUUCCUCGACAGGGACCUGAUGACGCUGCCCGCGCAGAACAAGCUGGCGCCGCUGAUCGCUCGGCGCCGCACGGCCCGGGUGCAGCAGCAGUACCGCAGCAUCGGCGGCGGCUCGCCCAUCAGGAAGUGGACGGCGCUGCAGGGCGAGGGCAUGGUGGAGCUGCUGGACCGCAUGUCCCCGCACACAGCCCCACACAAGUACUACAUCGGGUUCCGCUACGUGCACCCCCUGACGGAGGAGGCGGUGGAGGCGAUGGAGCAGGAUGGCAUCGAGCGGGCGGUGGCCUUCACCCAGUACCCCCAGUACAGCUGCUCCACCACGGGCAGCAGCCUCAAUGCCAUCUACCGCUACUACAGUGCCCGGGGGCAGCAGCCCAGGAUGAAGUGGAGCAUCAUCGACCGCUGGCCCACGCACCCCCUGCUCAUCCAGUGCUUCAGCGACCACAUCGAGAAGGAGCUGCAGCUGUUCCCCGCCGACAAGCGGCAGGACGUAGUCAUCCUCUUCUCUGCCCACUCGCUGCCCAUGUCUGUGGUGAACCGAGGAGAUCCCUACCCGCAGGAGGUUGGAGCCACCGUGCAGAGGGUCAUGGAGAAGCUCAACUACUCCAACCCCUACAGGCUGGUCUGGCAGUCCAAGGUGGGCCCCAUGCCUUGGCUCGGGCCCCCGACGGAUGAGACCAUCAGAGGGCUGUGCCAGCAGGGGCACAGGAACCUGCUGCUGGUGCCCAUCGCCUUCACCAGCGACCACAUCGAGACCCUCUACGAGCUGGACAUUGAGUAUGCCCAAGUGCUGGCACGCCAGUGUGGAGUGGAGAACAUCAGGAGGGCAGAGUCCCUGAACGGCAACCCCCUCUUCUCCAAGGCCCUGGCAGACCUGGUCUGCUCCCACCUGCAGUCCAACGAGGUCUGCUCCAGGCAGCUGCCUCUCUGCUGCCCGCUCUGUGCCAACCCCGUCUGCAGGGAGACCAAGGCCUUCUUCACCGGGCAGCAGCUCUGAGGGCUGCCCAGGGGGCACCCCCGGGGGCUGAGGCAACACCCCCGGGGCUGGCAGCCCCGAAUUGCAGAGCCCCCACCCCUGCCAGGGCCGAGCUCUCCUCUGCCCCACGCUUCCAGGCUGCUGCUCGGGCUGCUCCUGGCAUGGGUGCUGGGCUGUGGGCAUGAAGGAGGGCAGGGAAAGGGAGGGGCUCUGACCUCCUCCGGCCGGGCUUGGCACAGAGCCUGGCAGCGUGCACUGAGCCUCACCUUGAGGCGGCUUCUGUUUGCUAUGCAGGGCACGGCUGUUGGCACAGCUCUGCCCCCCUGCUGCCCUCCACUCGUGGGUCAAGCCUGGCAAGGUUGGCUUUGUUUACACUUGGAGGGCACCCCCUGGCGCUCCUGCCCCGGGCACCCCUGCUGCUUGCCAGGCAGUGUCUGCUCUGCUCUUUGGCCUGGCUUUGGCUCUGGCUCUUCCUCCUGCUGCAGGCUGAGCUGAGCUGGCAGUGCCAGCGGCAGGGGAGGCCUGGGUGGGUGCUGGAAGCUGCUUCUGGGGAGGGCUCUGGCUGGGGAGGGCACCGAGGUGCUGAGGCCUGCUCUGUGCCACCUGUGCAAUGCCCUCCGCUGCUGUGGCAGAGGGCUGAGGAGAUAAGCCAGGAGCAGCCUGGGCUGGCAGCUGCCUGCUUGGGCCAGGGCAGACUCUGUCUGCCAGCCCUUUGGCACCCCUCAGGGACUAGGAGUGGGCACUCAGACCUCAGCCUUUGGGUGUGCCAGGCCUGCCAACUGCAGUAGCUCCAGAGGGCACACCCUUUGCAGGGCACUGUUGCCUCACUGCCAGCACCAGGACCACCUCCAGGCUGGGCCUGGGGCAGGAGAGGCCUUUGCUCAGCAGCUGCUGUCCACCCAGCCCACCUCAGCUUGGCACCUGCAGUGCCCUCCUGGGUGGGCAGAGGAGGGAAGCUGUGCCCGAGCUUUGGCCUCCCGAGCACUGCAGUCAGCCGCUGGGCACCAAUGCCCCUGCUGCCCACCCUGCUUCUCCUGGCUCAGGCACCUGUGAGGCGUGGGCAGCCUGGGCACGGCCGGGGCAGGGCACAGGGGGCAUGGCAGGGGCUGCUCCUGUGCUGCUUCGUCUUCAGAGAGCUGAGCCUGGCUGCAGCCUGUGCCCACGGACUGGGUGCUGCCACGCACAGCCUCGCCAUGGCCCUGGUGUGCCCCCUGCUGCCACGCUGCCACUGCCCAGUGCCAGGCCCUCUGCAGCAGGAAAGAGUCUUCCUUGGCAUGUGCCUUGGCACAGACCCCAAACCCGGGGGCUCCUCCUCACCCUCUCCAGCCUCCUGCUCUGUCCCUGCUCGCUGCCUUGGCACCAAGCUGCUCUCUGCCCCUCUGCCAGCUCCCUGCCCCUCUGCCAGCUCCCAGCCCCUCUCUGCCAGCUCCCAGCCCCUCUACCACCAGCUCCCUGCCCCUCUGCCAGCUCCCAGCCCCUCUCUGCCAGCUCCCAGCCCCUCUACCACCAGCUCCCUGCCCCUCUGCCAGCUCCCAGCCCCUCUCUGCCAGCUCCCUGCCCCUCUGCCAGCUCCCAGCCCCUCUCUGCCAGCUCCCUGCCCCUCUGCCAGUUCCCUGCCCUUCUGCCAGCCCCCAGCCCCUCUCUGCCAGCUCCCAGCCCCUCUGCCAGCUCCCUGCCCCUCUGCCAGCUCCCAGCCCCUCUCUACCAGCUCCCAGCCCCUCUCUGCCAGCUCCCAGCCCCUCUCUGCCAGCUCCCAGUCCCUUUGCCAGCUCCCAGCCCCUCUCUGCCAGCUCCCAGCCCCCCUCUGCCAGCUCCCAGCCCCUCUCUACCAGCUCCCAGCCCCUCUCUGCCAGCUCCCAGCCCCUCUCUGCCAGCUCCCAGCCCCUCUCUGCCAGCUCCCAGCCCCUCUGCCAGCUCCCAGCCCCUCUCUGCCAGCUCCCAGCCCCUCUACCACCAGCUCCCAGCCCCUCUCUGCCAGCUCCCAGCCCCUCUCUGCCAGCUCCCAGCCCCUCUCUACCAGCUCCCAGCCCCUCUCUGCCAGCUCCCAGCCCCUCUCUGCCAGCUCCCAGCCCCUCUACCACCAGCUCCCAGCCCCUCUCUGCCAGCUCCCAGCCCCUCUCUGCCAGCUCCCAGCCCCUCUCUGCCAGCUCCCAGUCCCUUUGCCAGCUCCCAGCCCCUCUCUGCCAGCUCCCAGUCCCUUUGCCAGCUCCCAGCCCCUCUACCACCAGCUCCCAGCCCCUCUCUGCCAGCUCCCAGCCCCUCUCUGCCAGCUCCCAGUCCCUUUGCCAGCUCCCAGCCCCUCUCUGCCAGCUCCCAGCCCCUCUCUGCCAGCUCCCAGCCCCUCUCUGCCAGCUCCCUGCCCCUCUGUCAGCUCCCAGCCCCUCUCUGCCAGCUCCCUGCCCCUCUGCCAGCUCCCAGCCCCAGCUGGGGCAGAUGUGGGGCUGGGGUCGGCGUGGUGCUGGGCUUUGCCCCAGCUCCAAGCUUGGCUUUGGCCUGGCAGCGCAGGGCUGGGAAGCCCCCCCCGGGGGGGUCGGGGGCUGGGUGGCUGUGUCCCGCGUGGCCGUGUCCCGGCGCCGUGCGUGGCAGCCUGGCCGAGGCGCUGCAGCGGCGCCGGGUGCCCUCCCUGUGUGCCCCUGGCCGUGGAACUGCAAUUACAGUUUGAAGCGAGCCUGA